AGAACGUAAAACGCACUCAAACAGUUAUUCAAAACAUGUUCAUAUUCCGAUGUGGCAGCAGCAGCUGUCCGCUGCUGCUUUCUUUCCUAUUUGUGGUGGUACUCAGUGUUGUUCCUGUUCGAUCCCAGCCAGAGCCCCAGAAGGAAGGAAAACUACUCUUCGCACAAGCAUUAUAUCGCCACGGGGAUCGGACACCUCUCGAGCCGUACCCUAAUGACCCUUGGAAGGAUCCUAGCCAUUGGACGACCGAAUGGGGUCAAUUAACAAACACAGGAAAACAGCGCCAUCUAGAGCUCGGACGAUGGCUGCGUAAUCGAUACCGCGAGCUGCUGAGCGCAACCUACUCGAAAGAUGACAUCUACGUACGCUCCACCGACAUCGAUAGGACCAUAAUGAGUGCCCAGGCUAACCUUGCCGGGUUGUAUCCCCCGGUAGGUGCCGAUGUGUGGGACUCCACUAUCCAGUGGCAACCGAUUCCAGUGCAUACCGUUCCAGUAGAGUUGGAUACGCUUCUACAAACGUCGAAGUUUUGUCCCGCAUUCGAGCAAGUACUCAAGCAGCAUGAACGAUCGGUCGAAUUCCAAGCGUACAAUCAAUCACUUGAGUCACUGUAUCGGUAUUUAACAACCCAUACAGGUAGUAUUGUCAACUCCCCGACGUCUAUCCAGAGCCUUCACAGCAAUUUGCACAUUGAGGAACUGCACAAUUUCACCCUGCCAGAAUGGACCUGGAAGGUCUACCCGCAGCCACUAUGGGAAAUCUCUGCUCGCGCAUAUGCAAUGGAAACCAACACUACUCCACUGGCGCGGUUUAAAGUUGGUCCACUCAUCAAGGAACUGCUCACACGAUUCGAGAAGAAACUCCACAAAAAACUAACCCCAAAUCGUUCACUUUGGGUCUACAGCGUACAUGAUAUUACGAUAGUGAACCUCCUGAACGGUUUACGCCUCUUCGAUCUCCACAAUCCUCCGUUCGCUGCAUGCCUUAUGCUAGAACUGCGUCAGCCAUCAUCCGGCAAACCGUACAUUUCAAUCUACUACAAAAACACCACCGCAGAACCCGAGGCUUUGGAAAUUCCCAACUGCGGCACACGAUGCCCCCUCCACCGAAUGUUCAAAGUGUACGAGGACGUUAUCCCGGGCGAUUGGGACCGUGAGUGCCAAGUAUCGCUGUCCAACGCCGAGUCAAAUGUCAAUGAAACAUUUGGAAACAUGGUAUAUAUUGUGGCUAUAUCGUCAAUUACCAUCAUUGUGGUAAUGCUGCUGGUGCUGGUGGUGUACUGGAAACAAGUCAGUGGAUAUCACAACGAUAGAUGGUACCUGUGCAUCGAUGGAUCGUGACCUGUGAAUUAUUAAUCAACGUGAAAACGACACAGUAAACUCAUCAACGAUAUGGUAUAGGUUUUAUAAAUUUUUGGUGUAUAGUUUGUAUUAUUGAUAUCUUUACCGAUGUUAUAUUAUGAAGUUAUUUCUCGUUUUUUUUCAUUUUUCAAUGUAUAGAAAUGUUGAAUUAAACUAUCGAAUGCUAAUGAAGCGAAACAAAUUAGAAA